GGGACCUCUUAACUUGCCCGUCAGCCUGUCAACUCUUCCGCCAACCAUCCUAACCAAACUCUUGAAUCUCCCUCCUCUCCUCCCUCUCCCUCCUCCUUCGUCCCUACCACUCCCGCAUGGUCGUUUAGACCAGAGACGAAGAGAGAGUCUGGGACCCAUCAAAAAGAGACGCCACACCCGUCAUGAUGGCGUCUCAAGAUUCUACUGCCGCCGCGCCACCGCCGGUGAGACCGAAAUCUCAGAGAAGGUUCCUUUUGGUCAACAAGCGGCCGUCUUCUUCAUCCUCCUUCUCUUCCCGCUCCAGGGACAGCAUCCCGCCGUCGCGACCGCCACCCAGACCCGCCCCCUUGUCCAUCCGAGCUACCGUCAAAUUCAACGCCCCCUUGGAUCAUGUCCACGAGAACACCUACGAUACUUCACCCUUCUUCGACCCUACCGACCACUUUUGCCAGACUCUGCUGCGCCGCCUCGACCAUGGCUGCACCGAGCUCAUCACUCGUAGAGACUCGACCGCUCUCGAUAACAGGUCCGGUGAAAAGACCCUUCGUUUCGAGAUGACCUUCACCAUUCGUCGCGCUGGUAGCCUUUGGUCGGCCCGAUCAUAUCGUUCCUACCAAAGACUCUUCCUGGACAGCCAGUCGGCCUCGGACGUUGCUGAGGCUACUGACCGCAUCAUCGGUUCCUUUCUCAAACGCCACGACCAAAACUUUAAAUGGCACGCCCUGGAGCCAGCCUCGUUCGAGCCCGACCCCACCAUGCUCUCCGUCCCCCUUGCGCGCUUCGUGGUGGCCAAGCAGGACUACGAACGCGUACCUGGCUACGAAGUCACUUUCACCUUCAACAGCCAAUGCAAGUCUCGCCCUGAUCCAUUUUGGGAGAAGCGCAUCGCCGUCAGGAGUCGCCAGAGCACACCCCUGACACUUGCCCUGGCCGAGGAGCUAUCCUGGAAUUUGUCGCAAGCCAUUCAGAAUGCCCUCGACCUGCGGAAGAAGACGCUGGAUCAGGACCACCGUUCUUCCUGCGAUCCCAUACUGGACGGGGAUGCCUGCGGCCACCUGGACGAGCGCUCACUCAAUGUCGCCUUCCGGAUACAGAACCACCUUGGCGCCGAUGUUUCUCACCUGCACCGCUCCACCACUACCAAAUUGGCCCUCUUCCGCCACCCGGAGGGCCUCGACUGUCAGGAAUUCACCGACGACCUUGAGAAAUGCAUCUUACGUCUCCGAGACCAUGCUGACGACGCACUUGGUCGCUAUGACGACCUGCGCAUCAUUGUCCGCCAACUGUCCGGGACUGGCUGGGAAACCAAGGACCCUUUCUCUCUGUCUGUCGACUCGUCCACCUGCUACUCGAGGCGCACCAUUCAGGCCGUCUUAGAUCGACUGCAGUCAGGAAUUGGCGACGUUUCUCGCGGGAGAAACGUCACUUUGACUCUAACGGCCGUCAAGCGCGGCCAUAUUGUCGUGGAUAAGACUUUGGUUGCUCGCUCAUUCCGGAGGCAGACCGUGGAGGACCCCCAGAGCGAAAAGGACACCCUUCUGUCCAUGCUGAAAGAUCGCAUGCAAUCGGACGUAGCCAUGGUCAUCCGCGACACCGGUUCUCUUGCCGACUCUGGCGAGUCGCUACCACCCAACCUACGACUCGUCGAUCGACCUUCUCCCGUCUCGCCGGAAAUCCUUUCCCAGCCGGUUCAAGCUCCCCUCGCCCACUCACCAGGCGAAGACGUAUCGGCGACGACCACGCCACCUCGCCGCUCGAGCUACGCCGCCAUCUCAUUCACCAUGACGGACAACGGCGGCGAGUCCGCAACGCCCUCAACCCGCCCCGCCACCCCCAGCUUGUGCGACCACGACAUCGACACGCCCAUGGAAAGCCUCGUCUUCACGCCUUCUCCUUAUCGCACGCUGGACCAUUUCGUCAUCCGGAAGGAUCUCGACGACCACCGCCACCACCACCACGCAAGGGCGGACUCUUUCGGAGCCGAGUCGGCCGUGGAACCAGUCGUCAAGCCCCUCAAGGAGCCGAGACGGUUUAGCCUACUCGGCCGCGAUUCUCGUCCCAGUACGCCUGCUUCGAUGGCCAUCCCUCUUGAAGCGAAUGUCGUCCCUGAUCCCCACGCCGGACAGGAGGAGGAGGAGGAGGAGGUUCUUCUCGAUGCUGGUUCUUUGGAGGGAUGGCUGGAAUUCACCUGCGAGCCGCUUGAGUGCGAAGAGAUGGCGAGGGAUGUCUCGGCGUCUUGCCAUGCGAGCGCCCGGGAUUCCGGCGUCGUUGUCGAGGAAGAAUCGGCGCCUGUGGCCGCUCCAGAGUUGGCAGGCUGCGUGGAGGGUUGCCUUGGUGCGAUCGAUGACGGCAGCGACGGUUGUGUCGGGCCAACGACGGUCAGGCUGGGAGUUCUCGAGUUGGAGACUGUCGAAGUGGCUGUCGAAGUGGGGGAGGUCAGCUUAGAGCAGACCGAGACAGAGUCUGUCGAGCCUGAGAUUGUCGAGCUCGGGACCGUCGAACCAAAGACUGAACCAAAGACUGAACCAAAGACUGUCGAGCAAGAGCCGGAGCAGAUUCUGUCGGAACAGGUUGCACUGGAAGAGGUCGAGCCAACACAACUUGAGCCAGGCAUUGUCGAGCCAGAAAAGGCCGACGUAGAGGCUGUCGAGCCGGAGGCUAUCGAACCGGAGGCCGAAGUUGAGACGCCUGAAACGAAACGGGUCGAGCCAGACCCCGUCACACCCGAGGCGGCCGAAUCACACCCCAUCGAACCGGAGGAGGCUGAGCCAGAUCAACGACUACCCGAAGGUGUCGACUCUGAAACGGACGGUCCUCAAAGCAGAAGGGCCGUGGCUCCUUUUGAUGAUCCUCCGGCCGAUGAAACCCCCCAGCCCAAGACGCCAGCCAUGACCAUUGGCUCGGAAAGCAGCGACACAUCCCCUUCGCAAUCCCUUACCCCCGUUCAGCCCGGGUCACAGCCGCCAACCAGGAUCGUUGGCACUUUUCCCGCCAUGUCAAGGACAUGGCGGUCCCAGUCCUUGUCUCCAUUCAUAUCAGGAGACGGCGAAUUUGACACGCACCUUCCCGAGACGCCAUCCAGGCCCGCCCGCAAACGGGUGAAUUCUCACGACAACCCUUUCCUUUUUUCGAUACCGAUAUGCCUCCCAGUCAAGCAUUCGCCUUCGGACGUCGGCGGCCUGAAACUACCCUUACCCAUCCGAACCCGUCGCGACCGCGGCGCCCCCCAUGUUCAUCACAAACGCGAAUUCUCCGUCCCGACGGCGGGCCUCUUCGGUCUCCUGCAACACCCGGACUCACCCCUCCGCCUGCAGAGCUACUGCGCCUAUAAGCAGUGGGACUACCUCCGCCACCAGCGGCAGACGUCGUCCUCGCCGGCCGAUGCAGAUGUCGGUGUGGUGCGCGAGUCCAAGUCGGAAGGGGAAAGGAAGCGAGAGCGAACUGGUCCCGCGCGACUCCUGCUGGGGUACGGACAGGAGAAGGUGGCCACGCCUUCCCCUGCCGAGGUGGUGCGGCCAUCGCGUCCGAGGGUGAUGUCGGCUGAGGGCAUCGUGGCGGACGCGAGACGGAGGGCUCGUAGCGGGAGUGGGAGCGAGGUCCGAUCUCGAUCGGGGAGUAUGCUCGGGGCCGCAAUCUGGUCGAACUAACCGGUCAGAUUUUGCUGUCCUCAUUCCUUAUGUUUUUUUUUUCUGGUUUUUUUUUUCUUCUUUUCUUUCUUUUGAACUUUCUUGGCUUGGUGCUUGGGAUGUGGUGAUUUCAAAGGGCUGGUGUAAGGGGUUUGCGUAUACAAAAACAUUGCGAGCAUUUUUCGGCUUCCAACGGGAAAACAAUGGGAUUACGCUUUGGACUGGGUACAAAGAGAUGGUUUUGGGAGUUUUGGUCGAGUUUAUAGUUUAUGAGGUCUUGUUGCGAAACUCGCGUCUUAGAGGGAAAGAGACGAGACAUACAACCCCGUCUACAACUGCGAGAACGCGCAAAGAGAGGGCGGAUAUUCAUAUUUAGGAGCAAGGCGUGGGCAUUAACAUAGCCCAUGCGCAUACCUACAAACAUACAGAUAUACCAAGAAGAAACAGAUAUACAACCUGCACAUUAUAAGAACAAUAACAACAC